AUGCCGCUUCAAUUUCCUCAACUCCACGAUGAAGAUGAAUCCAAGCUUAUUCAUAACUUGACUCAAUACGGUCUCUCGAAAGGUCUUAUCAUGUAUCCUAUUUCUUAUCAGGAGUACCAGGUCAACUUGGCUCCAUUAACACUUUUCCCUACUCCAUUUCCCAGAUCGCAGUUCGAAAAGGCUAAAAGCCUUGCUACCGCGUAUAGUGAACUUUAUGCCAAUGUUGUAUCUCAGCAUGAUUGGCUCAUAAAUGUCAUAGAGGCACUUGCUCCAGUCGACUCCAGCUUCACUGGUAUGUUGUAUCAAUCUUAUUUGAAAGCACAAAAGAAGGGAAUUGUACAGCCUAUAUCAUUGGGUAUUGCUAGAUCUGACUACAUGUAUGAUACAACCACACAGCAGAUCAAGCAAGUUGAGUUUAACACUGUGAGUGUGUCUUUUGCAGGUCUUUCUAGAUGUGUGGGCCAAUUACACAAAUUCUGCAACGAUAAUGGUCUCUACACCUCCAAUGGAGAUGCAUAUUAUGAUGAUUCUGAUUUGCCGGUAAGCGAUUCUUCUCUGGGUUUGGCUAGAGGUUUGAGAGAUGGGGUUUCAUGCUACGAGGCUCAUCAUACGGACGGUUAUACUAAGACUAUAGUGCUAUUUGUCAUCCAGCCAAAUGAGAGGAACGCUUUCGAUCAAAGGGCCAUCGAGUACACUCUUUUUGAUGAUUUUGGGAUUGUUUCCAAAAGGAUCGAUUUGGCUAGAGUUACAUCUGAAGUAGUUGUAGAUGAAAUAUCGCAUAGAUUGUACUACGAGGGCAGGGAAGUGUCAGUGGUAUACUAUAGAAGUGGUUACAGCCCCCAUGAUUUUGAGGUCAAGGAGGCUUGGGAUUGCAGGGUUCUCUUGGAAACAACCCUAGCUAUAAAGUGUCCAUCAUUAUUGGCUCAACUCAGUGGGGCCAAAAAGAUUCAGCAACUAUUGACUGAUGAGUCAAUUUUAGCUAAAUUUUAUGAUAAGCAAGAUAAAUCAGAACUUCACUCUACUUUCUGCAAGAUUUAUCCUUUAGAUGACUCAGCGAGAGCCGCUGCUGCCAAGAAAUUGGCAUUUGAAUGUCCAGAAAACUUUGUUCUUAAACCUCAGAGAGAGGGAGGAGGAAACAAUAUCUAUAAAGAAGACAUUCCAGGGUUUUUAAGGUCAAUUCCGGAGGAAGAAUGGUCCGGAUAUAUCUUAAUGGAGUUGAUUCAUCCUCCAGUUCAAAAAAACAUUCUGCUUAGAGACGGUCAGUUGGCCAAGGAUGGAAUUGUUUCCGAGUUGGGUAUAUACAGUUCAUUUUUAUUCAACGAAUACUCUGGAGAGAUGAUCAAUGCUGCUUAUCAAGGGUACCUUUUAAGGUCGAAGAUCAGCAGCAGCAACGAGGGUGGCGUGGCUGCAGGCUAUGGAUGUGUCGAUAGUAUCUACUUGUACUGA